GGACGCUUCAGACUUCCUGUUGUUGAUUGCGCCCUGAUAACAAACGGAAGCGUGUGUUGUUUCUCUUUUAAUUAGUCUCCGAUAGUAAAUUAUUAAUCUUAAUUUAGUCUUUUCGUGUCGCACUGACUCUCAGGUGAGUCAGCAGUGAUGCCUCUCUCGGAUCGAUCGAGCUCCGACGGCAGCGGGGAGCCUCGGAGUCCACGGGCCCGGAGACCCCGGACUCGAUCCCGCAGCCGCAACCGCAACGACAGCCGGGAAAGGAGUCUGUCGCCGUACAGCUUCGGGCCCAAACUCCCGAAGCCACGCAACAGGGAGAGGGAACGAGAAGAACGGGAGCACCGGUUCCGAGAGGCGAAAACCCUCAGACGGAUCCGCAUUGGAUCACCACGACGAAGCAGAUCCAGGUCCAGGUCCAGGGAGCGCCACAACAACACGAGCAAUAACAGCCACAGUCACGGCCACUGGUCCGAUCAGCGGGACGGACCUGGAAACCACGGCAGCUUCAAAGAUGAUUACUACUACGAGCAGCAGAGGGAUGAUGCGCAGAGACAGAGACAAGAGGCUUUCAUUGCAAGGCGUCUGCAAGAGAGGGAGAGGAUUGGUGAGCUGGGCUGUCCUGAAGUUUGGGGAUAUUCUCCAAGAGUGAAGGAGCCAGACUCUGAUGAAUUCACACCAGUUGAAGAGGACGAGAAAAACAGCAGCUCAGAGUCAAGCUCAGAAGAAGAGAAGAAGAAGAAAAAGAAGAAGAAGAAAUCCAAGAAGAAAAAGAGCAAAAAGCACUCUGAGGACAGCGAUCUGGAAUCAGAGUCAGACGAAGAAGAAGUGAAGAAGAAGAAAAAGAAAAAGAAGAGCAAAAAAUCAAAGAAAUCCAAGAAAAAGAAGGCGAAGAAGAGCCGAAAGGAGUCCAGCAACUCCAGCAGUGAGGAGUCAGAGGAGGAGGAGGAGGAGGAGGAGGAUCCUAACGGGGUGAUGUGGGUGGAGAAAACCUGCAUGGACGAACAUGUGGUCGGCCCUGAAGCGCCGCUGACCCACAUGUCCCAGGACGACAGACCUUUGGAUUUUGGCCAUGCGCUGUUGCCAGGUGAAGGUGCUGCGAUGGCUGAGUAUGUGAAAGCAGGCAAACGUAUCCCCAGAAGAGGAGAAAUCGGUCUCACCAGCGAUGAGAUUGCAAACUUUGAGAAAUCUGGCUACGUGAUGAGCGGUAGCAGACAUCGACGUAUGGAGGCUGUGCGUCUGAGAAAGGAAAACCAGAUCUACAGCGCAGACGAAAAGAGAGCUUUGGCUUCCUUCAACCAGGAGGAGAGGAGGAAGAGAGAGAGCAAGAUCCUGUCCAGCUUCAGGGAGAUGGUGUACCGCAAAACCAAAGGCAAGGAGGAGAAGUGAACAUCUGCAGCUCUCACUCGGUUAUUGGACAUCUUUUACUUUUCGGUUUGGUUAAUAAAGGUUUCUGUUUUAAGGAGGACAGCCUACUGAGUUACAUUUAAAUGUACAGCAAUGAGGACUUGUAUUGUGAAUGAGUCUCAUAAAGGUUCUCAUUUGUAUGAUUUUCUUUAUCCUUAGUUACUCACUGAAGGUAGUCUUUACUUUUAUUUGUUCAACAUUAAUUUCUCUUGUACACUUUUGCAAAUUGUUGAUUGGAACUGUAAAUAAACUUUCAUUACUCAUUUA